GCGGGGGCGGGCCCGGCGCGUCGGUGACAAGAUGGCGGCGGAGCCGGUGGAGCUGCACAAGCUGAAGCUGGCAGAGCUGAAGCAGGAAUGCCUGGCCAGAGGGCUGGAGGCCAAAGGCAACAAGCAGGACCUCAUCAACCGGCUCCAGGCCUACCUGGAGGAGCAUGCUGAAGAAGAAGCCAACGAGGAGGACGUGCUGGGAGAGGAGAUAGAGGAGGAAGAGCCGAAGCCGGCGGAGCCGCCCGUGAAGGUGGAAGAGGCUCCGGUGAAAUCCCCUGAUGGGAUCACGGGAUCAUCCAUCCCCCGGGAGGGGG